AUGGGUCUCAGCGGUCACUGUCUUUGCGGCUCUGUCAAGUACACGGUCGAUGCCGACCCUCUCAUUGUCGGAUACGAUCACUGUGAUGACUGCCAGCGUCAGAGCGGUUCCACAUAUUCCCUCGUCGUCGUGGUCCCCAAGGACAAGCUCACCAUUACCGGCAACACCAAGAGCUACGCAAAGAAGGGCUCCUCGGGCCAGGACGUCCACCGCAUCUUCUGCCCCGAGUGCGGCUCGCCCAUUGCCCACGACCCCGAUGCCGCUCCCCCCAUCAUUGCCCUCAAGGGUGGUACUCUCAGCAGCGAGGACAAGAAGAAGCUGAAGCCGGAUACCGAAAUCUGGACCGUCGGCAAGCUUCCCUUUUGCCAGGAGUCGCUGGCCAAGCCCUUUGACCACAUGCCCGAGUAA